AUGGUAAAACAAUCGACUACUGACGUUGGAAAGAGCCGCGUUGCUAUUAUAGGCACUGGUCUUGCUGGCCUUACCACUGGGUACCUGUUGCAGAGCGAUGAGCGUAAGCGCUACAGUGUAACGCUAUUUGAGCAGGCCGAUAGACUCUCUUUCGACUCAGCGUCUGUUACGAUUAGCAACGAAGCGACAAACGAUGCCGAGCGAAUUGAUCUGCCGAUGCGCGCGAGCGCUGCGGGCUACUACCACCACCUGAUGCGCAUGUACGAGCAUCUUCAGAUACCGCUUCACCCUGUGAAAUUUCUCUUCGCCUUUGCGAAAGCUACCCCGACGGCCGAUGGGACGAUCCCGCAUAGCAGCGAAAACGAGAGCUACUUCAUCCACGCGUCGAACCUGCACCAGACACCGCCGCCGUGGCCAGGCAAACGCAGCGUCAUCGCGCACUUGACCGAGAUUUUGUAUCUCAUUGUGUGUCAAUUCUGGUUUACCAUCGCAUGCUUCCUCGUCGCACCGCUCGAAGUCACCGCGUCCGGGUACAGCGAAUCCGUGGGCGAAUACCUCGAACGAAUUCGAUUGCCGCGACGAUAUAGAUCACAUUAUCUGCUCCCGCUGCUGAGCGGUGUGGCGACGUGUACGCACGAGGAGCUGCUUCGAUUCCCCGCGAGCGAUGUUGUCAAUUAUAAGAAGCUUUCGCAUGGGCAGCAGCAUUAUGCUGUUUGCGGCGGAGUGUCACAGGUGCAAAACAGGUUAACUAAGGGAUUGGAAGAUGUGAAGCUCAGUAGCCGCGUGCUUGAAACUGUGCCUCAAGCAGACGGAACGGUUGUUGUUCGCUGGCAGUCACUUACUGACGCAUCCGGUCGCAUCCAAGAACAAGUCUUCGACCGUGUUGUGCUGUCUACGUCUCCAGAUGUUGCAGGCCAGAUCUUCAGCCCGCUGAGGUCUACGUUAGAGAAGCUUCCAACGCGUCGCGUCGAGAGCUCUGUUCUGAAGCCUGCAGACUCAGGGAUCAAGCUUGUCAAAGACGAGGAGGGGCAAUCCCUUGCCUGUAUGCAUCACUCAACGGGAGCUCCGUCAGCCCAGACCAUGACGCUGAGGACGCUUUUCUCCGACGUAGGCAGUCCUCGCACAGAAGCACUCCACGCCAUGCCCUGCGGUGUCGUAGUCAGUACCUGUCCACUACGCGAGGAGGCGCAGUCACAAGUGCUCAAGAAGGCCCAGUUCAUCAGAACCUUUAGAAGCACAGAGAGCCAAGCCUUGGUUCAACGAUUGAUGGGUAGUACUAGCAACAAGAAGAACGAGGAUGAUAAAGCGUUGGCUUGGGUCAAUGGGCAGGAUAACAUUUGGAUCUCGGGAGCUUGGUGCUGGGAUGGGAUGGUCCUGCUGGAGGGGUGCAUCGUGUCGGCCAUGAGAGUGGCUGAAGAUUUCGGCAUAGCAAUUCCUUGGGAAAAGGAACAAUGA